AUGUCUUUCCAUUUCUCUCUCUCUGGGGUUCAGCGGAAGAAAGAUUUCAAGUUUGUCCCGGUCCCCUCUGCCGUUCCAAAACCCUCGAUAUCUCUCCCAAGAUUGGGACUGUCAACUACAUUGACCCUCUUGUUAAGCUCUCAUUGCUUCAACUUCCAUACUAUGAUGUAUAAUGUGUUGCUUAUAUGUGUUGUUGCAUACAAGAAGAACAUAGAUCUUGAAACAAGCAUGAACUUAUAUUCUUCCUCUUCCAAGAUGCAAAAAUCCAAUGAAGAUCAGGACAUAAUCAGCAACCUACCUGAUGUCAUCAUUGGUCACAUUCUCUCUUUACUUUCUACUAGAGAAGCAGUUCGUACUAGUGUUUUAUCAAAGAGAUGGGAAUACAUGUGGACAUCCAUCACCAAGCUGCACUUCAACGACAAAGAGCAAUAUGAGUAUCGCACUUAUAUUAGAAAAAACAGCUUUUUAAACUCUGUGUAUAGGGUGCUACUUCAUCUGAAUUCUUCAAGCAUCCAAAGUUUAUCUGUUUCCAUUUCAGAAAAUUAUGACCCUUAUCAUGUUAAUCAGUGGAUAUCUGCGCUGAUAAGUCGGAAAGUCAAAGAGAUUUGUAUUCAUUCAGUAAAAACAUUUGGUAUCUCCUCAAAUUCCACCCUUUGGAAAUCCCCGUACUUAGAGAACUUGACGUUGAGUAUGAAGGCUUAUCCGAUUAUUAUCAGACGGCCAACGGAUUAUGAUAUGAGAGUUACAGUUCCCACCAAUGUUGAUUUUUUGUCCCUCACUGUCCUCAAUUUGUCUGGAAUCACACUUACCUGUGCUCCUUCUAACUACAUGCGAGAUUUGAUCCUAAAAUUCCCAGCUCUUAGAAAGUUCGAGACAGUUGAUUGCACUUGGUUAAAUGUAAAGUUGAUAACUUUGGACAUGCCUAAACUUGAAGUGCUUAUAAUUUCUGAUACAAAUGUGUUCACGGCUGAUGGUUCACCUUCUGUCAUCAACUUGUUUGCCUUACACCUAGCAGAAUUCUCCUAUAGUGGAUUCAUGUCAGAUGCCAGUUGGUUUCCCUUGUAUAUAGAAAGUAUUGCCUCUGCUAAUAUUUAUCCACGCAGGUGUGUGGCGGGGGUGACUGAAGCACAAAAUGCAUAUUUUGCUUACCAGUUUCUGAGAAAAUUAAGUAAUAAAGUGAAAUGUCUAAAGUUUGAACAGCCGCAGGUACUUGUUCUAGCAGUACCUCGUUUGUUCAGUCUUCCUGAAUUCGGAAAGUUGAGUCGUCUGGAGCUGCGAGAUAAAAUUAUGGGCCCAUUGUUGUGGAUAUUACUCGGAAAGUCACCAUGGAUUGAGACUCUUACUCUUCAGGAACUAAUUAUCUUUGACCAUCGUUUGACUUCAAUGAGUGUGCCUCCUUGUGUUGCUUGUAAACUUAAAGUGGUAAAUUUUGGAAGAUUUAGAGGUGAUGAGCAUGAGCUUCGUUUUGUCAAAGUUGUAAUAGAAAACGCACAAGUCUUGAAGAGGAUGAGUUUGACUUGUGAGUGGACUCUCUGCGGGCCGAAAUUGGAAGAAGUUAGAGAGAAGAUAUUCUCGUUUAAGAAAAGUGCUAGCUCCGCCGUUAUAGAAUUAUUAUAA